GUCUUUUACUGCGACCACCUCCAGCCCGCUGCGCCGUUUCACCCAGCCGCACACCGCCCGCACGCUCCUCAAUUACGCUACGAAACACAAUGGCCACCGAAGCCACAUCCGCAACAUCCGCCUCUGGCGCGUCCGCUAAUGCGCAAAACCCCGCUGCGUCCCCCGCCGACAAGGGCAAGGGCAAGGGCAAGUUCGUCCAGGAGGCGGUGGCGGACGACGACGAUGACGACGAAGAAGAGGACGAGAAGAGGACGAGGAAAUGGAAGAAGACGAGGUGCGCUCCCCGCAUGUCGUUGUCGCGUUCUCGGGCGCUGACGCGUGACGACCUAGAGGCGAUCGACCCUUCCGUGAUCAUUGGCACGCGUCGCACGCGUGGUGUGCGCGUCGACUACACCUCUGCGGCCGCGCUCGAGAAGGCCGGGCUCAAGCCGGACGACGCCGAUGACGACGAGAACGAAGACUCGUUCGUCGCGAAGGACACGGACAUGCAGGAGGACUAGUGGCCCUCCUGCGCACUCAUGUGGUCCAAAACGCGUCCCCCUGCGUCUUUAUGGCGUAAUGGGCGCGAGAACUCGCAGAUCACCUUGUUAUGUGUACGUGAAGGCGGUGGAAUCUCUUGAUGUUUUCGUUGUCUGUGUUGUUAGGCCCUGUUUCCCACCGACCUGUCUGUCGUCCAAUGCAUUAGGGUUCGUUGUAACUGUCUGUACCUGAUACACGAGAUAUGUUGCUUCCCCAGA